ACUGGGGCCCUGCACCUGUGACUCCCGUCCCCGCUGGUCCUCGGCCCGCCGGGCUCCCGCAGCGCCCCCCUCCCGCCAUGGCUCCGUCCCGGAUGCAGCUCGGCCUCCGCGCCGCCUAUGCGGGGAUCAGCUCGGCGGCUGGCUUCUCCAUCUUCUUCGUCUGGACGGUGAUCUACAGACAGCCGGGGACUGCGGCGAUGGGGGGUCUCGCAGGUGUGCUGGCCCUGUGGGUCCUGGUCACUCACGUGAUGUACCUGCAGGAUUACUGGAGGACCUGGCUCAAGGGGCUUCGUGGCUUCUUCUUCGUGGGCAUUCUCUUCUCAGCUGUCUCCGUCGCUGCCUUCUGCACCUUCCUCACAUUGGCCAUCACCCAGCAUCAGAGCCUCCUGGAUCCCAGCAGCUACUACCUCUCCUGCGUGUGGAGUUUCAUUUCCUUCAAGUGGGCCUUCCUGCUCAGCCUCUAUGCCCACCGCUACCGGGCUGACUUUGCCGACAUCAGCAUCCUCAGUGAUUUCUGACCCAGGAACUGAGGUCACUGUGGCCUGGGGGGCCCUGAGGACCUGAACUCAGCCUCUGAGACACCAAGUGGGCCUACCCCUCCCCGCCAUGCCCUGGAGACCCCAGAACUGUGGCAGAAGAUACACAAGAGGACCACUACAGUUUCCGAGGAAACUGUCUAUAUAUCUCCUUAUGGGGGGGGGGAGACUGGUGUAGUGGAGGGGGUUCUCACAAGUAGCUCCUCAGCCUAGCUGGAAGGCAGCUUGGAUCCAUUCCGGUGGAUUGAUCAGCACUUUGUAAGUCAGGCCAGAGCAGUGGAGUGAAGAGAGAGAGGAUAAGACUCUGAAGUCUUGACCUCUGGCUAAGGACAGGUUUGAUCCCUGCUGCCCCAGGCACUCUCACUGAGGCUGGCGUGAGAAGCUGGGGUGUUCAGGUCAAGUGAGGAACCUCUAAGAGGCCUCUCAGCCCCCUCCCUUGCAUUCUGUUAUCCCCAAAGGCCAUGUAGUUAAAGUCAUGUCUCAGAAAGGUGACCUGUGGCCCUGUCCUCAAGGGAGAAGAGUUGAAUGGAGAGUUCUGUGUCCCUACUCCCAUCCUUCCACCCAGAUCUGGUCUAGGGCCGGUCUGUCUGUGUGUCACAAGGCCACACACCUGAGCACCCUCCAAAUGAGGCUAACCGAAAGACCAUGGCAAGUACAUUCCAGCCAAAAAGGCUUUUGAGGGAAGGGGACACACACCAGCCCAGCUUACCACCCUUCAACUAGAGGUUUGAUCUUUAAAAAAGAAAAGCCUUUUCCCUCAUGAAGGACAACUUGUGCUUUUCUUCCCCGACCCUGGGGCUCACCUAACUCCAUGGUCUGUGUUAUCCCCAUCUCUUUCUUCAGGCUGCCAUUUUGCACAUCUACUCCUUUUCUACUUGUCCUGCCCCUAGCUCUGCCUUAUCUGUCACCUUAGCAGAAAUACAGUGGGCAUUUGUAUCAGA